GUGGAUCUUCACUGUAGAAUUCAUCAGGAUGCUGGUUUAGCUCAGCAUCAGCACCACUGCAGUCAUGCCGGAGCAGAGUAACGAUUACCGGGUGGUGGUGUUUGGAGCCGGUGGAGUUGGGAAAAGCUCGCUGGUGCUGCGGUUUGUGAAGGGAACGUUCCGGGACACGUACAUCCCCACAGUGGAGGACACGUACCGGCAGGUGAUCAGCUGUGAUAAGAGCGUGUGCACGCUGCAGAUUACCGACACCACCGGCAGCCACCAGUUCCCCGCCAUGCAGCGCCUGUCCAUCUCCAAAGGCCACGCCUUCAUCCUGGUCUACUCCAUCACCAGCAGGCAGUCUCUGGAGGAGCUCAAGCCCAUCUACCAGCAGGUGCUGGCCAUUAAGGGCAGCGUGGAGGGCAUCCCGGUCAUGUUGGUGGGCAACAAGAGCGACGAGACUCAGAGGGAGGUCCAGAUGGAGGACGGUGAGGCCCAGGCCCAGGCGUGGAAAUGCGCCUUCAUGGAAACGUCGGCCAAAACCAACCACAACGUCACCGAGCUGUUCCAGGAGCUGCUCAACCUGGAGAAGAAACGCAGCAUGAGCCUCAACAUCGACGGCAAACGCUCAAACAAGCAGAAGCGCACUGAUAAACUGAAGGGGAAGUGCAGCGUCAUGUAGAGACGCGACGGCAGACGCAACAAAUCCCAGAGUGGUCAGAUUCCAGCCACUUUCAGACUCUGGGAUGCAUGUCUGAUACGUUGCCGUGGCGACUGUGACAAAACAGAUCCGAUCAGAAUUGAGCUUUUCGUGCUCCGCCUACAAAUGAGUUCUCCUGUAGCUUUACAGAAGAAAGAAUUGGGCCCAGAGAAAACCGCAGCGCUUUUAUCGUGUUUGUGUGUGAAAAUCCACACAGUGUGGUUUCAGUAGCGUAAUUGAGCUGACAUGGCUAAUUCAUUCUUUCCAACCAGGCUGGUGUCGACUACAAGCACACAGUCCGGCUCAGCAGUGUUUCAAUACUGGAGUGGCCUGUAAUUUGAGAAAGCAGCCAAAUCAGCUGAAAGGACGCCUUUAAAUGUGGACACACAUCCGUGAAAUCUGAUUGGACUCACAUUGUGGGUUUUUUCCUGUUCAAACUGUCAAAUUAACCUGGAUUCAAGCUGAAUUUGCCAAAAUUCAGAUUUGGGCUGUCAGUCCAAACACGGCCUAAAGGAACUCAUUUGUGGGCGGAGCUUGGGUCAGUUCAAUGUUUUAAAUUUUUUUCCACAUGCACGUAUCACUGUGGUCAUCAUCCCCUGUCGUAGAGGCUAACGUUAGCAGCUAACUUGAUGAUAAAACGUCUUUCAGGUGUUUUUUCAGCAAUUCACACAUUUCAGCAAUAAGGCCAAUGUGAACGUAGCUUUAAUGGUGAGCCUCCUGGACUUUAGUGGCCUGUAGUGUAACUCUCUGAGGAACUGGACCGCGCGGGGCUGGACCGACCGGUCAGCUUUAUUUGCACAUCAGGGUUUUUGUCUGACCUCAUGCGUUCGUUCCAGAGACGUGUGUGAACUGAAGUGGCUCAAACAGAGAAUAACAGAGAAACCAGACGGCUUCUCCUCCACCCUCACGGACGCAGGACACGGAUAAGCGUAGACGCUCCUGAUGGACGAUGGAUGCAGUGCUGUGGACGCUGCUGGAUCACCAAGACAGAAAUGACCCUCAGAACAUCAACAGGGAACCAAAGUCAGCAGGAAAAAUGGCUGUUAUACUUUACUACAUCAUCCUCAUCGGCAUCGGCAUCGUCAUCGGCAUCCUCAUCGUCAUCCUCAUCCUCAUCGCCAUCCUCAUCGGCAUCCUCAUCGUCAUCCUCAUCCUCAUCGCCAUCCUCAUCAGCAUCCUCAUGGUCAUCCUCAUCCUCAUGGUCAUCCUCAUGGUCAUCCUCAUGGUCAUCCUCAUGGUCAUCCUCAUCGUUUGUUCCGAGUUUCCGGCCAGUUUGUACUGCUGUCCAUUUCACUGUCUCUGCUUAUGACUUUGAAAUAAUGAAAUAUUUUAUUUCAUUACUCAGGACACACGACCAUCACCGCUGUCAGAUCAUAAUGACAGUAUUUAUACAUCGUCACCCUCAUAAAGAAACCUGGAGUCUCCCGAUUGGUACAUUACAGAACCUUCUUUAAUUCUCCAUUCAUAAUGUUUUGGUCACACAGUAUAAAGGCAGCUGGGGCUUCAAACAGCAAAUGAGAUAUAUAUAUAAAUAUAAUGUUGCUGUUGGAACAAAACCUCGUAUCUCCAAAACAGGAACUUUACAGGAGAAGGAAAAAACCUACUUUACUUUUAAUGGAACUUGGAAUUUUUUCCAAGUCAUUUUGGGCCGUUUCUUUUGGUCCAUUCAUCAUGGAAUUUACACACGAUGUAAAGGGAAUUUUUCACAUUAUGCCUAAAACAGAAAAAUGGAUAUAGGAGGUUUUGUUAAUGUAUGGGAGAUUUUCUCAGUGAAAGUAAAUGAAUAAAUUUAAAUCUGGCAUUUUCCGCUAAUUUUAGUGCACAAUUUCUUAGAUAUUGCAAAGCAAUACAAAUAAAAUGUCAAAUUCAGUCAAUACAUAUUAAAAUAGGGAGAACUGUGCCUCUGUGGAGGAUCUGUUAGCCUAAUGGCACUUAGAAACUAUUACAUGCAGUGUUAUGGCUGGGCAAUAUGAAAUAAAUAGUAUAUCACAAUAUUUACAAAAAAACAAAGAAAUGAUACACGAUUAAUUUGAACUGCCAUUAAAACCAACGAAUACAAUAAUUAUUA